AUGGCGCGAAAAGGAAAUCCAAUUUCGGUAAGACUUGAUCUGAAUCGUAGUUCAGAUUCAAGUUGGUUCAGUGAGGGCGACCGCGAAAGUCACCGAAUGGGUCAGCCUUUUCCUUCAGUUUAUCCCGUAUUUGAAAUCUAAAAAAAAGCGUGGGAGGACGUUGCGGAUGUCCGCGGGGCGGACACGACUUCUUCUAAGGCUAGAAGACCACUGGAAGACACCCAGGACUAGAGCAUGUCGUGAAAGAAGCACGCUGGGCGGGCGUGCUUCGACCCUGUCUCCGGGGCACAGUUGAAUGUAGAUAUCAUAAACGCGAGGUGCAGGAUAUCAGGCGGAGAAACCCGGGCAACCACUCCCUUAUGUGCCAAUCGCUAGCGCAUCCAGGGCCUGGCGCCCAGCUCAGCUGGAGAGGCCUAGCCUGAUCUGAAAAGUGCUAAUUUGGUUCAGUUCAUUCAAGAAUACGCCCCCGCUCCUGGAAUCAAUAAGAAAAGAAGUGCUAAGUUUCAGAUCAGUGAAUAAACCGAAACUAAAGAAGAGAAGUUUAUCGCUCGGCGCCUAAAGCGCACUAUGCUCCGCUUCAAUAAAUGAGACUUUUCGGUGGAAGCGGUGAACCACGCGAGCUGGUUAGAUGCGUGGGACAGAGGGCUCGUAGUACCUGCUAGCGCAGCUAUGCAGUGAAAGGGAAAAGGAGCCUAAAUCGACCCCCUUCUUUCUUUUCUUUUUUUUUUUCUUUGAAAUUUGAAAAAAAGCAAUAAAGGAGAUUAGACUCUCGGAUGAGACUAAGCUGCUACCUAUCAUUCCGACGCGCCCUUGGCCUAUCUUGAUUAAAUAAAGACCAAAAACCUAUCUAAAGUGGAGCCUAGUUUAAGCUGUCAAACAAAUGAUAGAAUAGAAAAAAAGAAUAAACACUGGUAGGGAUAUGAAUGUAGUCUCGCUCAGUAAAGAGAGUUGUAGAUUCAUAAAACAGGAGAAGAGCCUUUACCUUUUUCUAUUAUUUAUAUUAGUAAAGUGCGCUAGCUGCAAUCAAACUAAAGCAAGAAGGGAUAAAGUUGACUUUUUGAUUUCAGGGCCUUUAGGCUUUACUAAACUAAUAAGAUAGAAAAGGGGCUUUUUCAUCAGGGUGGGCAGGUGCUUAACGCCCUAUACAAAAGACCUUUCCUUUCAAAUGACAACCGCCUCUUCCUGCUGCGAGGGCGUUGCACAAAAAAAACCAAACCGCCCCCCACCCGAUUAAGUACCAGUUGCUUCGCUGGUAGGCCGACUUAGGUUAGGGGGGAUUGUCCCUCAGUUCUUACCAACCUCCGAUGUGUAAUCAACAUGUUGUUAACUAGAACUCGAUCGAAUAAAAAUCAUUGAUUCCCUCUGCUGUCAAUUUCUUAUUCAUUCGUGGCGCUCGGCCGGUGCUCCUUUCUCAUCUCAAGAACAACUCUGAAAAGAUAAGGGAAGACCGCCUGAGCGAACCGACCGAAGGGACUUUUUUUAUCCGCGAUAGCGGCUUAAAGAAAAGCCUAUCACGACCUUAAUGGCCUUGAUCGGCGGGGAGGAGCAUCUCAAAGUAUAGGGCAAAAGACCAAGCGCUUUUACUUUGUCUCCCGGGAUCCACCACAGGUUGGGUUUGAGAGCCGUGUGAUGGGUGACUAUCCCGCACGGUUCGGAGAGCACUUUUAGUCUGCGUUGGUGAAUGGAAGCCCCCCUUAUCAAGCAAGAAGGAAGCGGCUCUUCCCACGGCGGAGUCACCCAUUGACUCUAUUUAUUAUUAUGGUAAAUUAGUGUAUCAAGAUGUCAAUCUGAGAUCUUAUUUCGGUUCGAUACGUCCACCGACGAGACUAACCUUUGGCUUCCGUCUCGGUAGGUGUAUUAUUCUACAUUUUCCCAAAAGAACAUUCAUUCAUUUCUUUCUUCCCCGUCGACCACGACGACUGAAACGACGCAAGAAAUACAGACGCAGAAAGGAGAAGGGCCGGUGGUGGGCAUUUGGGAAAGUCGGCCCAAUCGGGUGUCUUCAUUCAAACGACGGUACAGAAGAAGAACGAAACGAAGUGAGAGGCCGGGAGGCAGGAAAAAAAGUCGAGUCGAUCAGGCUCGACGAUCAGGAGAAGCAAAACGAAAUCAGGAUUUGGCCGAAAAAGAAGCAACGCUAUGGAUACCAUGACCGAUCACCAUCGAAAAAGAAGAAUCUUUCUAAAGAACUUCGGGUCAGCGAGGCCUUCAAGCAUCCGAAAUACGCCGGGGUUGUAAAUGACAUAGCGUUCCUGAUAGAAAACUCCUUCAGAAAAACAAAGUUAUUCAAGUUCUUUUUUCCAAAGAAGCCCCGCUCCAACCGUCCGGCGAAUCAUCUACUUAAAAAGACCCUCCCCGCAGUGGUGCGCCCUUCCUUAAAUUAUUUGGUCAUGCACUACUUAUUGAAUACAAAAAACAAAAUCAAUUUCGAUCCCGUCAUAGUUCUCAAUCAUUUCGUGGCACCGGGCGUAGCUGAACCAUCUACGAUGGGGAGAGCUAAUGCUCAGGAAAGAAGCUUAGAUAAGAGAAUACGUUCUCGCAUUUCUUUUUUUGUAGAAAGCUUGACCAGCGAGAAAAAGUGUUUGGCCGAAGCCAAAACCAAAAAGAGAUUGAACCACUUCAUUCGCCAAGCGAAUGAUCUUCGCUUUGCGGGAACAACAAAAACUACCAUCUUGCUUUUUCCUUUCUUCGGUGCUACCUUUUUUUUUCUAAGAGAUGGGCUUGGCGUAUAUAAUAACCUUUUUUUUAAGGAUGCCCGGAAAAAACUCCUAGGUAAAUUAAGGAUAAAAUGUUGGAACUUCAUGAGUAAGGAGGAUAAGGUAAUGGAAUUGAUAGAGAAAUUCAUAGACCUAGGUAGGAUAGGAGAAUUGUUAAAAGGAAUAGAGAUGAUGAUAGAGAUCAUACUGAGAAACAGAAGAAUUCCGUACGGGUACAACUCUUAUUUGAACGAAAUAAAAAAAAUGCGAUCUUUGUUGUCUAAUAGAACAAACACUAAUACGUUAAUUGAAUCAGUCAAGAUCAAAUCUGUUUAUCAAAGUGCUUCUCCGAUUGCUCAAGACAUUUCUUUUCAACCGAGAAACAAAAGAAGAUCAUUUCGUUCUAUUUUUAAUAAAAUAGUGAAGGAAAUUCCAUUAGUAAUGAAAAGGGGGGUUGAGGGGGUCCGUAUAUGUUGUUCAGGUCGAUUAAAAGGUGCAGAAAUAGCUAGAACUGAAUGCGGAAAGUAUGGAAAAACAUCUCGUAAUGUAUUUAACCAGAAAAUCGAUUAUGCUUCUGCGGAAGUAUCUACUCGUUACGGAAUCUUAGGUGUCAAAGUGUGGAUUUCAUAUAGUAAAAAAAGGCAAGUCUCCAAGAGAAGUUAUUCUCUCUCAUGA